UCUAAAUUACUCACUUUCUUCUUACACAUUACAUUUCAGCAUAGCAGUUUAGCGUCAGCUUUUCAGCGUAAAGCAUUCCCACUAGCAAUUUCUUCAGGAAUUGCAUUCUCUAGUUAAGAGUGUUGUUGAGAUUGGGCAUCAGCAUUUAGUGGUUAUAGUUAGAUUGAGCCUCCAAAAAAACACAUAUUUUGCUCAUAAAUUGUCCUCAAAGUGGCCAAUAUGUCAGUAUGAGUGUAAAAAGAACCACCAAACAAUGUAAUGAGUGUAAUAAAACUAAACCAUGACUAUUCCUGUGCUUUUCGCAGAAUCAUAGAAAUGUUUCUCCUAACCGGCUCUGGCAGCCAGUGAGUGUUAGCCUCAGGUGAGAGGUCUGGUGUCAAACUGUCGAACAGCGACAAUCUUAGCUGUCAUCACCGCCUGAGCCUGAAGGUAAGCUCAUUCCUAUUAAGGAAUUAAGGACCACGACUACAGAAUGGCCCACAACAACAGCUGCUAUAACGACCUCCUUGGAAACGUCUACACCUAGAAUGACCACAGAAGAACAAUCCACGACUACAGAAUGGCCCACAACAACAACUGCUAUAACGACUUCCUUGGAAACGUCUACACCUACAAUGACCACAGAAGGACAUCUUCCUUCUCUGCAGCUGGUGGCCACACCAGACUACCCAGUCACAGAAGGUCGUACAGUCCACCUGUACUGUGGCCCUUCCACCAUACCAGACUCUGUCAAUUGGUCCUGGAAACAGUGGAAAAAAGAAGUAGGAAACUCAAGGGAUCUGACACUUACCAGGCCAGAGCAGAGUGGGGUUUACCAAUGCUUUGCCAACAACACAGUAUCUAGCAGAAUGAGCUCAUUGCACACCGUCUCUAUAACCUCCACUCAUACAACAGUUGCUGAGAAGUUAGGAAUUGCUGCCUUUGUCUUCUUUCUCCUGGCCUUGAUCGUCCUCUUUGGUAUACUUUUUUGGCUCGGAUUUCAAAGACUUGUUGCCACGAAGACCACCUCAAACACUGCAGCUAAAGGUUUCCCUGGAACGGAUAAGUCUCCAAAGGGAGGUUUUCCACCAGCUGAAAGCAGCGGAGAUGUGUACAUGAAUUACACCGGCGAUGACUACAAUAAUCUGGACCUCACCAAUGUGACUGGGAAUGAUUACUCAAGUCUUUCAUGAUCAUUCAUUGGAAGGUGGAGAUAUACGCAAUGGAACAGGAUAUUUGCAAAUAAAACUCAGCAAACCCUUCAACCUGAAUUAUGAGGUUUGCCAUAAAUGUUUGAUUUAAUGUUUUUAGACAAAAAUAAUUUGCCACAAUCUGAAUUCGGGCUUGGUUAAAAUAUUCCCAAAUCAACAAGAAAGCUCUUGUUUGCUCUGUAUUUAGCAGAUUUCAAUAAAACCUUUCAUUUGUAUGUGUCU